GUGAGUGUUUGAUUGAGUCGGGUCGUUGUGUUAUACUUUCUUCUUAAUAGAUAAUAUUGUAAUGUCUAAUUGAUUGAACAUGCAAUAUAAUUUUUUCAAGGAAAAAUCUAACUAAACUAAAUCCCAACUAUGGUGCAUUCAGUCAGAAAUUCUGUGUGGGUAUACCAAUUUAUAGAGAUAUAUACCGUUUUAUGCGUCUGCCAUUAAAGAAGGCUCACCUUGAUGGUGCGUAUGGUUAUGUUUAAAGGUGGUGAACAAACGAAAAUAGUGUUAGUGGAAAGCCAGAAAAGCGGCUGAUGACUGUCAUUUCAUGUACGCUAGUGUGUGGUGCUACUCGACACCGCCUGCUACAUUACUUAGCAGCAUACGAGACAGAUGGCUAUUAUAUGAGUGAAAAAAUCAAUCAUAUAUAUCUUCGUUAAUUACGUGCUUGCGUUUCUUUUCCCUAUCACUGGACCUGCUUUAUACCAAGUUCAAAGUUAGUUCUUUGUAAAAUGAAGUCAACUAUAUAAAUAUAUUGCGUUGCAAUUUCUUAACAAAAAACUGUUUUAAGUUUACUGAUUAGAAAAUAAAAUGUGAAAGUCAUUUUUGAUAGCACUAGAACAGACUUAAUGAAUCCAGUUAAAUCAUAAAAAAUGUUGACUCGCAGUUGCGGUGAUCAACAAACAGGUUACACUAAAAAUACAAAUUCAUUGUAAUUGAAUCAUCGCAUACACUGUUGAACGCACACGGUGCUCAUCCGCACUAAAACGAGGGGGUCUGCAAGCAACCGAGACCAACACGAUCAUCGAGCAGAACACGACCUGCAAGCAAACUGUUUCUCUUUCACUAGGGUUUGGAAUGAGAGUAAACCUGUCUGACUACGAGAGAGUGAGUACCACCCAGUCAGCUAUUAGGCAGUUCAUCUAUCCAUCCGGUAUUAAGGGUGGUAAAUGCAAUAGCCAGACGAUUGAUGGGACGAGUAUGGAAAAGCAUACAAACCGAACCCCCUGUAAAGAAGAAAUUUAAAACCUCUCUCAGUUAAACGAGAACAAACGAAAUAUCAUACUGAUGGUGUCAAGAUAGAACAUCAAAAAAUCCACCAAAGGAAACAGUUCCCUGAGAGCGACCGCUGGAAGUAGAGUACGUCUGUUCCCGAACGCACGCUGUUUACACGGUACGGAUUGUGUUUCGACAUUCUCAUAAACGACCCCAGACUGUGCUAUUCUAUUCACUCUUGUACUGCCACUACUUCCCCCCUAACGGGGUCGUUCGUAUAAUGUAAUGAUAGGAUAUUACAGCCGUUACGAUACGAGUAUAUUUGAACUUCAUCGAGUAUUCCGGUUUCAGGAUUCCGAAAAGAUUUGAAUUUUAAAUUUAAUCGAAACAGUUUGUGUGAGGUGAAAUUCGUUUCCUGCUACAUAGUUUUCUAUACGCAAAAAAUGCAGUGUUGUGAUAAAGUGGGCAGUGUCGGAGUAAAUUGUGAUCGUAGUGGCAAUGGAAACCUAUCGAAAGUAUACACAGGACCACUUCGGCAACCGGACAGUCUACUUGACAUCACGGCUCGGAUGGUUGCGCAAAACGAACCCUUCCAGAAAAUCGAGGAACGCUAUGAUCGAAUCCCUGAACCGGUGCAGAGGAGGAUCAUCUAUUGGUCUUUCCCCCGCAAUGAAAAGGAUAUUUGCAUGUACAGUUCACUAUCCAGGGUUUCUUCACUGAACUCCGUGGAACCUCAGAGCCUCAGUUUCUGCGCUGGCCUCAAGCUAGUCGAGUCUGGAUGCGUGGAGGAUGUACUUCAAGUUGGGUUCCAUCUAAGCGGAAUUGUGUGGACAUACCCACCCAAUCACGCGCAACGUCAGUCUUCGUCCUCAUCGCUAGGUUCAUCCGGUGUUCGUAAUGACCUUACCUACCAAUACCCCAACGUUGGUAACAGUCACCAGCAUAAUAACUACAUCGGGCACAAUAACCACCAUCAUAAUCCGCACAACCAUCGUCCGCUCACGCCUCCACCCCUACAUCAAGCACCGUUGCCCCCCGGGCCACCCAUUCCACCGGGUGUGAUGGGAGUUGGUGGUCCCGUGGUAAUUCCUCAACCACCCGGAAUUGCCCAGCCCGUUCCACCACAGUACAACAAUAAUCCAAAUAUUGAUCGUGAUGGAUUCAACAAUAUUUCAACCCCGUCAUCUUCAGGUGCAGGCAAUAUGGAGGAGAACAAAAAGUUCAAAGUGUCAGUCAGUUUCGAUAGAUGUAAAAUUACAUCGGUGACCUGUAGUUGUGACACAAAAGAUAUUUUCUGGUGCCAUCAUGUCGUUGCAUUAGCUCUGUAUAGAAUACGAAAUGCCGAAACAGUAAAACUAAGAGUUCCUAUUUCAGAAACACUACUUCAAAUGAAUCGACAACAAUUGCAAAAAUUUAUACAGUACUUGAUCUCAGAACAUCACACUGAAGUGUUACCGACAGCCCAGCGACUGGCAGAUGAAAUUUUACAGCAACGUUCGGAAAUCAACUCAAUUUGUGGAGCUCCUGAUCCUACAGCUGGUGCAUCAAAGGAUGAUGAUCAUUCAUGGCACUUGGAUGAAACUCAGGUCUGUGAAGCUGUAAAGACUUACCUCGGCCAAGGUAGUUACUAUUAUAGCAGUAAACAUCUAAAUUCACUGUUUGGUAAGGUUCGCGAAAUGCUACGUGCACAAGAUUCAAAUGGAGCUCGUAUGUUAACAUUAAUCACUGAACAAUUUCUCAAUGAUCCCCGAUUGGUAUUAUGGAAGAAUCAUGGAACACCAAUGACAGAAAAGUGUCGCCAGUUAUGGGACCAGUUGGGGGCACUAUGGGUUUGUAUAGUCUUAAACCCGAAAUCCACUCAUGUGGAAAGACUACACUGGAAGGCACUUCUAGAAAAAUGGUCCAAAAGUGAAGUAUGUCCUCAGGAAGAUCCGGAUUUAAGAACAUCUACACGAGAAAGUAUUCGUGAGAGAUCCAACCGUGAAAGAGAACGAGACCGAAACAGAUUUUUUCGGGAAAACAAUUUAAGAAAUAUGAUGUAUUAUAAUCAGAACAACAUUAAUCCAAAUCGUCGACGAAAUUACAAUGAGAUGAACCUGAUCGGGCCAGCUCUUGACAGGCCAAACAACGGUGCAAAUGAAAAUUAUGAUAGCUCAGAGUCCGAUUCCGAUUCCGACGAGGAUAUAGAAGAGAGUAAUGAAGUUGAAAAUAAUGAUAAUCAUAAUAACGAGAAUCAAAAUGCUCAUCAUGAGCCGAAUCGUGAUAACUUGGAAGAAGAUGUGGAUCAGGUGCACAAUAUUCUUCAAGAUAUUAAUUUCGGAGUGAAUGGAAAAGCUGAUAAACCAGAGGACAAUGGAUACAUAAAUAUGAAUCUAUUAAAUGAAAACAGCGAUCUAAAUCCAAUUCUGCCAGAAAAUGAUGACAGUUCAAGGGAAUCGAUGGACGCUGAUAACGAUAAUCCUUUACCAGGGCCAAGUGGUGUCGUCAGUGGAAAAUCAAUCGAAUCAGAGAGUUUUUUCAAUAGUAAUCCUUGCAUCUGCGGCGAAGAGAAAUGUGAAUGUAAUCGUCCGGUAUUUUUUGAUGAAAUCAAACCGAGUAAAUUUUUCGACUGCGAUGCAUCAAGCUUUUUAGUCACUGAAGACGCCAACCAAGGCUGUGAGCCAAUAAAAGAGCAUGAAAUGGACACUGGCGAUGACAAGCUGGAUAAACACUGUGAUAUAUUAGGAAAACAAAACAUUUUGAGUAACUUCGAAGAUCUCGCUGUUCCAGGUCCAUCUGGGUUAGGAAGAUUGCCGUUGACUUCUGCCUCUAUAGCUAAAUCGAUUACUCAACACGCAAUUGAUGAUUGUAAAUGUCAUAAAGAUAAUGAAAACUUAAGCGAUGUAUGUUCUUCUGCAAUCAGUCAUAAUAACAUGGAUGCUUGUGUUAGCAGUGAAGAGAAACCCGAGAAAAUUGACGAAUGUAAUCCAACCAGGGAUGCGAGUAACGAAAAACCAUCUUCCGCGCCUAAAGAUGAUGAAAUCAACAAACCAAACCAAAUUGAGCCGGAAGUCGAUGAACCUCAACCAGGACCGUCAAGGUUAGUAGAAUGCCCCAGUAAGCGGCCACAACAAAAUGAACGAAAUAAUGAUAACAACGCCAGACCAUGCAAACGUUUAAAACUUAAUAAUGGAAACUGGGUUGGCAAGAGUUCCAACAAAACUCCAAGAACGAUUUUCCACAAAGCAUUAGAUGCAGUAAAUAUGACUUGGGAUAAUGAUCACCUCAAGUUUAUUCUCGAGUCGGAUAAUUAUUCUCUAUCAAGUCGUAAUUCGGUACAAAUAGCUGGUUCUAGUAAAAUGAUAUCUAAUAGUCCUAGUUCGAAGUCGAAUUUCAAUGCCCUUGGUCAACCAUUAUGGCAUGAACAGAUAUCGAUGACUGCCGCUCGUGUUGAUUCAUUACGUUCACAUGGUCAUAUAGAAGCUGCGUUGAGGUUAUCUGUAAGUGUUGUUCGUACAAUGAGAGAAAUUCAACGCGACGCUCAAGCUCUAUGGCAUCGUCACAAACCAAAGAUUGCAGACAAUAAACCAGCGGAAGUUGUAUGUAGUUGCCAGAAUAGCAAACCAGCUGAAUCUAAUCCGACCCCUCAAUCUUCUUCGCGAAAAAAGGAUGCCUUUUCGCAAAUGCCUCCUCCUCCGCCACCAGUUGUAGGUCCAUCACAGCCGGCAAACAGUAAUAAGAUAAAUUGUCAAUGUCCAACACACAUUCAUCAAAUUCAGCCUCUGCCACCUCCACAACAACAACAAUUCCAGCAUCAUCAAAUGAAAAAAGACUGCUCAAAAUGCUUGCAAAUCAAGUGCUAUUAUGAAUCAGUUGGUUCUUCUUCCAAAUAUAAUUAUUACAACAACAUGAUCCGAAACAGUCGCAACGGGAUGGUGUGCCAUUCGUCAAAGUGUAAUCCAUUUUUUCCGCCAUCGGCAGAAAUGUUUCGCAAUCCUCAGCCACACUGUAAUCGUGAUUAUCGGUAUAUGAAAUUUAAUAUGCAACCACCACAGCAUCCACCACAUAUGCACCAUCAUCACCAUCAACAGGGCGUGCCCCCAUUGAUGGGGCCUCCCCAAGGUCACCACGGAGCAGGACCUUCUCACCAUUUACAUUCGCAAAACCAUGUGAUUCCUUCGCCUGCUGUAAUGCCUCCCUCACAUGGCUCAACUGAUCAAUCCGCGGGUAAAGCACCAAAGUGCAAUUGCCCUGUACAUAAGGACGACCGACAAGAAAUUGCUCAGCCACAACCGCCACCGCCACCUGGUGUUUCUGGUAUGGGACCGCCUGUACCGGGGCCAUCUACAUCGUCAGCUGUACUACAAACUGCACCGCCACCACCGCCGCCACCACCACUGGCUCCAUAUCAUCCCCAAGAUGUAUUACCGAAAUCGCAAAUUCCGUGCACCCAACAUGACAAAUCUCAAUGUUGUAUUAAAAAUAUGUGCUGCAAAAUGGUAGCCCAAGCAAAAGCGCUUGAAAAACAAUUCAAUGUCCAGACUGCUGGACCAUCAGCAUCUUCUCAAUUUCUACCACCAGCAACACCAUGCAAUUGUGGAAUGCACUCUAAUUCUAUCGGUAUGUAUAAGGCCUUAUAUAACGGUCCAACGUCGCAUGUAAUGGGCCCAUCAUCUAUGCCAGGACCGAGCACAUCGCGUAGUAUGCCAAAGCCUUAUGAACGACCACCGGUACCAUAUCAUGAAUGUGAAAUGGCCGGACCUAGUUGUUCAACAAAAUCUGCUUCCAAAAUGCCUCCACUUCCUGCGACACUAUGUAACCGAGAUUUUUCAGCUAAUUCUUCCUCUUCUGUGUCUGCUACGAAUCCAUCAAAUACUUCCACUGUCACUGCAGUUAAAAUCCAUGAACCCGAUUGUGCUCUGUACAAAAAAUGUGCUGAGUCUUCAAAUUCCGGGGCCAGCGCUUCUAAAUCAAAACAUAACUCUGUUAACUACGGAACCUCAUCCUCGAAGGUUACGUCAGUUUUUGAUCCAGUAAAAAUAAACCGAAAAACCAACUGUUUAUCAAAAUGUAUUGACUGUAGUAUUGGUUGUGAAGUAGAAUUUCCUCUUGAUGCGAUAGCUUGUAUCUUCGACUGCUUAACUGAGACCUGUAUUAUGCCAGAAGCAAUGGUGAAUGAAAUAAGCCGGAUGGCAUAUGAAAUUGGGGUCAGCGGGAAUGGCCAAGGCACCAACACGGCCCCAGAAGACGUCAAUAUAAUUCCGCCCAAAUAUCGACACAUUCCGGUACCAGGAACUAACGACAGGUACGAAACGUACUUAACGUUAGCAUUCGAGGCAGCAAUUUUAGCACUGAGUAAACAGAGAAUUAUGCCUCACGGUCUCUAUGCACAGCACGUAAUAUGCAAACAACAGGAUCAGUUGAUAUCCCGUCUGCGUAAUAUUGACCUUGAUCAGAUGUUGAUUGAUGUUCUUAAGCGACUUAGCAUUCAGUUACUAGAUGGUGGCUCAACUAGCGGACUUGGUGAAAUGGUUCAUCCGGAAUCGGUUCCGAUGCACACACUUGCCCGCUUUUUAUUUGCAUCUCUCCUCAAUCAAUAUCCUGAUCUGGCUUUCAACAUUGGGCUUCGUGCCAUGCGGUUUCCAAUACUGGAAAAUAUCAGCGAAGGUUCUGUAAAUGGAAUUGAAAUGCAGCACAACAACUUUAUGCACUCGCCGUACCCUCGGUGGUGGACUUUAGGACACCUGGAAACGCAACAAUGCUCACUAAGCUCUACUAUGCUUAGUGCCGCUAAAGGAGAUACGAAACGCUUGUCAGCUGUACUUGAGAAUGCUCGUCGAAACAUUCACAGUUCUUCACAUUUAUUCAAACUCGCACAAGACGCUUUUCGUUUCGCUACACCGGAAAACGGUCCUCGAAGUCAAACAUUGUUGGGUGUUGCUUUUGAACUUGGGUUGCAGGUUAUGCGUAUGACAUUGACAUGCUUGAACUGGCGUCGACGAGAAAUGGUUCGAUGGUUGGUUACUUGCGCUUCCCAUGUUGGACUGGAUGCACUGAUGUCCAUCAUGCAGAAUUGGUAUCAUCUUUUUACGCCAACAGAAGCUACAGGACCAGUGGCAACAACAAUAAUGUCACAUUCCACUAUAAUGCGUUUAAACUUGAGCUUUAGACAGCAAGAUGAGCUUUCCAAUUGUGCACGAACAUUGGCCUUGCAGUGCGCUACGAAAGAUCCUCCAAACUGUGCACUUAAUGCCUUGACUUUAUGCGAGAAUGAUGCAAUGGCAUUCGAAACAGCUUACCACAUUGUCAUUGAUGCUGCAACUCACAUAAUGACCUCAAGUCAGCUGUUUACUAUUGCAAGAUACAUGGAACAUCGAGGCUAUCCAUCGCGAGCCUAUAAUUUGGCGAUGCUGGCAAUGAAAAAUGUUCAAUUAGCCUACAACCAGGACACUCACCCUGCAAUAAAUGAUAUUCAUUGGGCUUGUGCUUUAUCUCAUUCACUUGGAAAAGCUGAAUUAUCAAAGAUGAUUCCGCUUGUGAUCAAAAAUGUACAAUGUGCUACCGUAUUAUCAGACAUUUUACGUCGCUGUAGCGUCCCUACACCGGGAAUGCAUAAUUUUAACGCACAUGGUAGAGGUAACAACAUGCGACAGUGUAUUAAGUUGAGUUACGAUCGAGAACCAUUGAAUCAGCUUCUUGAAGCUGCGGUAUCUGCCUACGUCAAUACUACUCAUUCCAGGCUAUCGCAUAUAUCUCCGAGACAUUACAGUGAUUUCAUAGAUUUUCUUAGUAAGGCAAGAGAUACAUUUAUGCUUGCAAGGGAUGGGCCAGCCCACUUCUCUCGGCUCAUUGAAAACAUAACUAUCGCCUAUAAGGGUAAGAAAAAAUUAGUACGACAGGUGAGACAACGCUUUCAGUUUGUAUAGAAAUAUUACACUAAAUAUUGUAUACAUAACACAAAGAGAAAAGAAAACAAACUUAUAAGACAUUUUUACAUUAACCUCUAUACAAGUAUAGAUAGAAUAAAAAAAUUGACAAUUAUCGACUCUCAGUCCAUAAAUAUUGAACAUUUCCGUUGCGUUUCGUUUUUGCGGAUUUCAAUUAUACAUAUAAAUAAAAAAACAGUAUUAUUCCCAUUGAAAAAGUUCUUCCAUCUUGGUUUAGAUAUGCUUGUGUUAUGGUUAUUUGUUUUAACAGAGGCUUAUUUUGCGUCAAACAUCAUUUUGUUCGUUUGGAUACUCGUUUGUUAUUUUAAUUAUUGUUUGCAUUGUCUGCAAAAGAUGUUAGGGAAUACUCGGUAAUGUAUCAAAGUCGAGUUCGUAAAACAUAAUUGACACACAAAUUAUUACUCGUUAGUAUAUAACAAAUACUAAAGAUGUGUAGCAUACAUAGAUAAGUAAGCUUAGAACAUGACUUCCAUUAUAAAAUUAAACUAGCCAAGUUGGAUAGAGUGGCAUCAUAUAAAAUAAACUACCGCAAUGCAAGUUGUGAAUAAUACUAAAAUUACAAUUUCAAAAAACUUGAACUCUGCACAAGAUACAAGCUAAAAUAGUAGUACGAAACAACUAAUUGCGAUUGAAAUAAUUAAAGUUAGUCACGAUUGAAAAUAAUUACUCGUGCUGGAAAACAUGUGACUCUAAUUGCGAUUGAAAUAAUUAAAGUUAGUCACGAUUGAAAAUAAUUACUCGUGCUGGAAAACAUGUGACUCUAAUUAAGCCACACACAUUGUACAAAUAAAAUAGAGAUAACACAGCUCAUUUCAGUGAGUGUAGUUAUAAUAAAAAAGUAGUACUGAUGAAUAAUCCUAGUAGAUAGAAUGCAUAACCGCCUAUGAAUAGUAAAUUAUCACCAAAAUAAUUAAUCUCGGUAGUUUUGUGUGUAGCGACUGGUAGUAGAUAAAAUAAACUAUAUUCGAGAAAAUUUGUUUUGAAAAUUUCACUGAACUUUGUGCCACCAUAUCUGUGCCGAACAAUUGACUUAGAUUUCAGUUUGUAAAAAAAGACAGCGUAAUCUUUAGUCUGGUUUCAAUAAUUUAGUUGAAAUACCUCACUAUUUAAAUUGAUUGUUAGAUAAAUUUACAAAUUAAUAAUUUCUUUCUACUCGCACCUUUGUUUAUACCAGACAAGUUUUGUACACUAUUGAAUAGUCCGUGAGUGGGAACAUAUAUCAAUAUCAACAAAAGAGGAGAAAAUAACUUAAAUGCCUGUGCGCAGGGCUCCCAUCCUAUAUACUAGAAUAAUAUAAUGAAACAAAAAUAUAACUACAAACGGAAACAGCAAACAUCCAGUAUAUCGCAUUAUAAACCAACAUUAAAUAGAAAAUAUUUACUGCCAAAAGCUAAUCAAAGAGAAUCGAUAGUUGGUUAUGGUAAACGCAAAAUAAAUACCAUGCGUUAUAUCAGAAAUGCUCGUAAGGCAAAGGAACUGAAUAUAACCACAGUUUUGAAUCAACUAUUAUUACAUCGAUUAUUUUAAUGUUCCACUGUUUUGAAUUGCAUGUAAUCAGUCCAAAUUUGAUUUAUAUUAAUAUGGACCAUAUUCAAUAUGGACCAUAUUCUCUCCUCUACAACUAGGUAUUCUAUAUUGAUUAUUCGUACAGCAGAGCUUUAAUUCUCGUUUUAUGUUCAUUCGUACUAAAGGUCACCAUAAAUUGGUUUUGAAGUCUUAAAUGCCAUCUGAGAAAACUCCAGAUUUCAGUACAGUGUUAUCAUAAGCGAGCACCAAGUUAUGUCUCUUAUGUUUCGAUGUAAGUUUAACUCAGGUAUAGUAAAGUUUUAUUAAAAAAAACAUAAGAAAACGUCAAUGAAUAAUUUACAUGAUACUGCAAAAAUAGAACUAUCAAUAAAACAAAAUAAAUAAUUAAACCUUA